AUGAAAAACCGAGAAAUUAUGCUGAAAUAUGACAAGGGGAAAAAAAAUACAGACCAGGAAGCAACCACGAAAGGGACUACAAACGCUACUGUGAAUCUGAAAAAAGUGACCCUUCAGGAGAAAGUGUUCAUUCCCGUGAAUGAAUUCCCUAAAUACAACUUUGUGGGACGUAUUCUGGGUCCACGUGGACUGACCGCUAAACAUUUGGAAGAGGAAUCUGGAUGUCGCAUUAUGAUUCGUGGACGUGGUUCCAUUCGUAAUGUUAGCUUUUUUUUUUCAAAUAUUAGUAAGAAUUGGAAUAAAUUUCUUUACUUGCAUGUUUUGAUCCAGUGUGAAGAUUUUGAAGAGAUGGCCAAGCGAAAAAUAAAACGUGCCGUAGAAUUCAUUCGCUUCUUACUUAUUCCACCUCCGGAUGGUGAAGACGAAUUGAAGCGCAAACAGUUGAUGGAAUUAUCUAUUAUUAACGGGACAUAUCGACCAACAUAUGCAUCGAGAGCCGCUCUUCGUAAUUAA